GAAAGAAAUGGGUGUCUUAAUUUAAGCCUGAUAUCUGGAAGGCGAAUAUCUCUACUUAAAUAUUUUUUUCCCGGUCACCUGGACAUUUAAACCAAAUACACGUGCAGGUUUGAAACACACUCUGUAUCAGGGGUGGCCGGUAACCAGACGCCGUCCCCGGGUGUUCUCGUGCGGGGGGCCGGUGUUUGACCGGCAGCGGAGCAGGCAGCGGGUCCUGCGGCAGGAAAAAGCGCCAACUUCUGCUGCAGCGACCCGAUGGUGGAACUCUCGGUGCGCGGCUCCUAAACUGCUCCUCCCGGGACGUUUACCGAACUGUGCCGUGGCAUGACUCGCUCGGAGGAGUGCUGCUCUAUCUCAGUAGAUAAUUAAUCACGCCGUCCGAGCUGCCGUGAAGAAAGAUGCCAGGUCUGCAGGGUGAGGAUGUGGUGGCGGCGCUGGGCAGCCCUAUCAAGAAGAGCAAACUGUCUCUGAGGUUCUUCCAGAAGAAGGAAGCUAAACGGGUGCUGGAUUUCUCUGAGCCUCCAGCAGAUGAACCUAAAUCAUCUGACCUAACGGAGCAUGAGGACAGCAGCGGGGAUCAGGUGGUUCCUAAUCCUCUUCCAUGUCCAGAGUCACCUUGUCUCCUUCCGUCAUGUGAAAAGAGGGAGAACUUGGUGCCAUUUGUGGGCUUCAACAACCUGGGCAACACCUGCUAUUUGAACAGUAUCUUACAGGUUCUUUACUACUGUCCAGGGCUCAGAGGAGGCAUAAAGAAACUGUACGAACUGUCCAAAAGAAAAGACAAACCAGGGGAAGAAACGAGUAAAAGUAAAGAGCAGGCAGAAUAUGUCGCCGAGUCCUUGCCAGCUCACGUUGAGCUGUUGCAAAGCUUCAACAGUCUGAUCACAUCAGUGGAGCAGCUGCAGUCCAGCUUCCUGCUCAACAUUGACAGCUUCAGUGACGGAGAGCUCUCCACACCGCCUCGAAAGAUACUGCACACGCUCAGGCAGCUGAACCCCAUGUAUGAAGGCUAUCUUCAGCAUGAUGCGCAGGAGGUGCUGCAGUGCAUUUUGGGAUACAUCCAAGAGGCCUGUGACACCAUCAGGAAGGAGCAGAACCUGGAAAACGAGGGUGACGACGCACUAGAAGUCAAAAUGGAGAAUGGUAUUAAUUUGGGUUCCAGCGUUGCUGGAACAGAUCCCUCAGAGAACAAUACUACCACAGACGAGGACGGCCAAGUCAGCGGCAAGAGAAAGAGUGACACUGAGGUGGGAAAUGCCAAGAAGAAGCCAAAAUCUGUCAAGUCUAAGAAGUCUGAUGUGGAGGAAGACAACAGUGGUAGAAAUCUACCCUUCACACGCUCCAAAAGGAAGUCCUCCAGUGACAUCAUGGUGGACAGCACCCAAGAUAAAGGUGGAGCAGAGGAGGAGGAGGCGGUGAAGAAGCUAAAUGGGAAGGAGGAUGGUGGGAGUGAUGGUGAGGGGAAAGGUGAAAAGACGUCUAAAGAGGCAGAGGGGAAGAGGAAGAAACGCACUAAGCUGAGCUGGUUGAGGCCUUCUGGGAAACAGCCAAGUAUUUUCUCCAAGUUCCUUAGCGUGGGGAAGAUCAGCUCCAUUAACACGAAGAACCAGAUUAAGGUGGAGCAGGAGAACGGGCAAGGCGACGAGCAAAGUCCGAAAGAGAAGAGCAGUGAUGAGAAAUCACAACAAAACGUGGCUGAAGAUGAGAAAGUGAAACAUCAAGACGGCCUGGACCUGUUAGAGCGCCUGUUCCAGGGUCAGCUGGUUCUGAGGACUCGUUGUCUGGAGUGUGAGAGCUUCACGGAGAGGAGAGAGGACUUCCACGACAUCAGUGUCCCCGUGCUCGAUGAGCAACCCAGCAGCCCUGACGAUCUCUCUGAGGUUUCUCCAGACCCAAAACCCGAGCUGAGGACUCUGAAAUGGGCCAUUGGCCAGUUUGCUUCAGUGGAGCGCAUCGUUGGAGAGGACAAAUACUUCUGUGAGACCUGUCUCCACUACACAGAGGCAGAGAGAAGUCUUCUGUUUGACAAAACUCCUGAAGUCGUCACCAUUCAUCUGAAACGCUUCUCUGCCAACAGUUUAGAUCUGGACCCAUAUGCUGGCCUCUCUAAAGUGAAUACUCCCUUGCAGACACCUUUUACCUUGUCUCUGGAGGAGUGGUGCACACGUCCCUCCACUAAAGGACAACACUACCAGCUGUUUGCUGUGGUCAUGCACAGCGGUGUCACCAUCAGCAGUGGCCACUACACCGCCUACGUCCGCAUGUCUGAUCUGAAAGAUGUGGAGCUCUGGCCGCAGGGCAAAGAAGAAACAGAAAAGGGGAAAGAGGAGGAAAAGGACAGCAAAGAGGUAGUGCAGUCGAAAGAGGAAGUGUUGGACUACAAUGAUGGUGAAGUGUCCUUCAGUCUCAGAGCGAGGGGACAGAGGGGUGCAAGUUUGGCAAGCAGCAAAACGGGGGGUAAAAAGUCAGAGGGUACGGUGGGACUGUUGGGCGGCCAGAGGAGUUUGUCCAGUUAUGAGCUGGGGAGCAGCAGCAGCAAACACACAGAUAAAGCAGUCAACAGUGCAGCAGCAGAGGGAUCGAAACGCAGGAAGACGAUCAGUCUGGGCCAAAACACAGAAGCGGGUCCAAAAAGGGAGCCUGAGGAGGGAGAGGAGGCAUUGCUGCCCUUUUGUGGUGGGGUGGGGGCCACAGAGCAGCAGGCACUGAAUUCCCUACUGGAGUACGAAGGCAAAUGGAUGCUGUUUGAUGACUCUGAGGUGCGUUUGUUUGAGGAGGAGGAUUUCCUGCGCGCCUGCUCUCCAGAGACGAUCUCCUCAUCAACGCCAUACCUGCUCUUCUACAGAAGAAUGCCUGAACCUGGUUGCUAACAUGAACACAAGGACUCAAGCGGGGGGUGCUGAUCAGGCUUUUUGGCUAGUAAGUGCUCAGAAAGGAAAGACGUUUGUAGUUUUUUGCUAUACUACAAACUCUGUCAAAAAAUACUAUGGCUGCCAUAUUUAGAACCUGAGCAGAAGCUCCUUUUCAGGCCAGAAACCAUCACACGGACUCUAGUUUGGGUUAGAAAUCAUAUAUUUCAGAAAUUACUUGAUUUGUCUUUCUUCGUGCCAUGGAUGAAUGUGGUACAAGAUGUUUUUGCUGUCCAUAGUGUUUCUUUGACACUGUCAUUGUCUUACCAUGUCCUCCUUUUUUCAUUUUUAUCAGUCAUUGAGUUUCUAUGGUUCCUUUUUACAAAAUGGAAAAGCACUUUAAACGAAAAUAUCAUCAAGUGAAAAUCGGAAACGCUGGAAAAUGCCCUUUCCGAGCUAGACGUUUGUCUAUAUUCUAUUAAAUUGGAUGCAGAGAAGACUGUCAGUGCUGUUUAUUCGGAAACAUCAUGCAACCCCAAAAGUCAAAUAAAACAAAUCUAUAUUCCCAAACACAUUCAUACUUUCUAUGAUGCCUGAUAUGGAUGUGAUCAAUGCAUGUGAAACCUGGAGUUCACGCUACACAGCAGCAGAAGCAGAUAUCUACAUAAAACACAGAAAAAUAUCUAAUAUACGACAAGCUUGCACAUAUUUUCUUAGAACUGCUAAAACGUUUAAUGUUUCUAUAGGGUGCAGUUUUAUGCUCAGCAUAUUCAAGACGCUGAUUCAGUUCGAGUAAAAUGCUCAUAAAAGUUCUUCAGUAGGCUGAUGGGUUGUUAUAAGAUUUUUUAGCAAGGUUGUGACCAUGGUUAUGCCAGAACGCCUUAUUCAUCUUUCAUAUCUUAUUUAGUGUGCAACGAACAAUUUUAGUAUUUGGAUGCAAAAUCUUUUAAAGGUCUGCUACCUAAAUCAGGUUAUGACUUAAGCUGUGAGGAGGAUGGGUCAGAGACUGGACAAUUUAAGUGUCCUUUUUUUGACACAUGAGAAACCAAAUAUUUGUCAGAAAAUUGUGAAAAAUUCUGUUUGCAAAUCUGUUUCAAUAACAGACCCAAAGAUAUUCCGUCUGCUAUUACAGAUCACUAAAACCAGAGAGUUUAUUUAAAUUACAAAAACAAUGAAUCAGUCAUCAACAUACAUGCCGAUAAAAAGAGAUCCUAGCAGCUUGUUUUGAAACUCACAGCCAUCACCUAGUUGUAUUUUAGAAAUUAAUUCAUGAGAAAGUUGAACAAACUCAAAAUAGUUGAGCGGUAAUCACAGUGGACAUGAGCAGAUUUUUAAAGUUUUUGAGAAGUUUGAAAGUCCAGAAUCUAAAAUACAACCACUCUUUCGAAGCGCAUUUCCACAGAUAGCCGUUGAAAAGUUUUAAUGUUUGUCUGCGCUCAGACUCCGAAAUGUCUGUGAGAUUACAUUGGAUCACAACUCUAUUUCGUUUUGUGCUAAAUAAUUGGUUUAUGCACAAUAUCCCAUUGCUUUUGUGUUAGAAAUAAGGACCCAGGUCAUAAGCUUAACCUGAGGUAAACAAUGUCACCUUUUACUGAAUGUGUCCUGAAGUUUCCAAUGCAGGUUCUUGUAUUUCACAAAAUGCUUUUUGACUUUUUUUAAUUGAUGAAACCAGUCAAAGUAAGUUUGUCCUUUAAACUGUACCUCAUCCCAAAUGUAAUUCAUUUUGACACUUUGGUACCACGACCAAUAAAGUUUUUACCUUUACCAAA